CUUUUCUGAACUUCAACGCAGCCUGGCCAUCUACGCAACUCGCAGUUUAUAUUUCGCUCGAUCUACAAAACAACGCUAUUAAAAGGUCACACUAUUAAAUAAAGUCAAAAAAUACACAUAUAAAUCUCUAGCUGCGCCUGCAGCAAGCUAUCUCCGUCAUGGACUUCGCUUCGCUCAUGGCCAAGGAGAUAUCCAAGGCCAAAUCGUCCGCCUCUCCCACUCCCCCAUCAGACAGCAACAACAAAGACACAUCCUCAUCCACCGCCCCAGAAAAGAAAUACGUUCGCCGCUCUGAGCUCGAAGCCCAGCGACUAGCCGCCUACAACGCUGAACAAGAACGACUCCGGCAAGAGCGCGAGGCGCGCGCCGCGCAGAAGCGAAAAUUCGAAGAGGAAGAAGCGGAGCGCAAGCGUGAACGGGAAGAAAAGAAGCGGAAAUUGGCAGAAGAGUCGCGGAAGAAACGAGAAGCCGAAGAAGCAGCGAAGGAACGUGAGCGACGAAAGAGGCUGGGAUUGCCGGAACUGCCACCGUCAGAGGCCGAGCAGAAAGAGCGUGGAAGAAGCCAGGAGGGAACGCCGUUGGCAGAAGGGGAGGAGGAUAUUCCGGAGGAAGACUUAAUACAGAGAUUACGGGAUUUGAACGAGCCAGCAAAACUAUUUGGCGAAACGCAUCGUGGGCGAUUGCGACGGUAUCGACGUCUCGUCCAGCGCUCCCUGACACCGCAGAAUGUCACUGAGGGACCGAUCCCCACGACGCUGGAGCGUGUAGCGGAGGUUGAUAUGAAAGUCCCGAAGACAGCUCCCAAAGAUCCUGAAGCUCGCAAGUUCUUAUUCCGACAGCUGGCGUCAUAUUUCAACAUGGUGCUGUCAGAAUGGGAAGAUGCUUUAAACAAGCGGGACGCGACGGUGAAACAGUCGUUCCAAGGUCGAGCGGCGUACAACGCGAUGGUACAAUCGCGGGAGAAUAUGAAGCCUUUGAUUCGGAAAUUCGAACGUGGGGACCUCGAGGAUUCGAUCCUAGACCCAGUGGUGGAGAUUGUGCACUGUGCCCAAGAAAGGAGAUAUGUUGAUGCCAACGACGGGUAUUUGAGGCUGAGUAUUGGAAAAGCGUACGUUGAACCUCCCCUCCAUUACCUUCCUAUUGCUUCCAUACAUAUGGGUUAUACAUGCUGACAUGACUACUUGCAAUACAGAGCCUGGCCUAUUGGUGUGACCA